CCGGCUGCACCCAAGGAGUUACGAGCCUUAACUGAGCUCCCCAGGAGACGCCCAUUGGAAUUUGGCGGCGUACCGCGACGCCCGCCUUCGCCUUCCCUCCUUCCUCUUCUCCUUCUACCCGUUUCGUGGCGGCCAAGCCUCCAAUGUUCCAUUCCCAUUUCCCAAGGCUGCACCGUCAACCGCUGUGCUUUUGGUGUCUCGCCUAUCACAAAGGUUGGUGAAGCGGCGGCCUUUCCCUCUGCUGUUUCCAUCAUUUCCUUCAGCGGUUAUCUGGAGGCUGCUCGGUCUAUUCAUGGAAAGAAGGGAGUUCGUCACUUGAGCAAGCCAUGCCACAAUGCGAAGUACCUUCCGCUCCCUCGUCUUCCAGUCGAGGUGUCUCACCACUAACUUCAACCGUCUUCUGGUUCCGAGGCAAGGUCCCAUUUUGAGGCACUUCCGUGGCUCUGCUGCAGCAUCUGGUCAUAAUAGCAGCAGAAGGGUUCCCAUUAACAUUCCACCAUCAGAGGAAAGAACACAUUUUCGAUCGUGGAGUAAUUAUGCUGUUCCGGCAGUAUUACUCGUGAUUACAGGAGCAGGCUUAUUAAUUCACUAUAAUGAUGAAAGAAGAGCGGUCGUUAAAGGGUCAAAUAAAAGCAAGGAGGGCCUAGAGACAAGAAUUCUUACCAAACCGGCAAUAGGUGGCCCUUUUAGUUUAAUUGACUCAGAAUAUCGAUCUGUAACUGAGCAAGACCUUAAAGGGAACUGGAAUGUCAUGUACUUUGGGUAUACCUCUUCUCCUGAUGUUUGUCCUGAUGAGAUUGAGAAGAUGGCAGUGGCAGUGCAGAUACUAGAUAAGGAGCAUAACCUUAAAGUAGUACCCAUUUUCAUAACUAUCGAUCCUCCACGUGAUGGGCCAUCCCAUUUGCAUGCAUAUCUUAAAGAGUUCAAUCCCAGGAUCCUUGGUUUAACUGGUCCUGUUUCUGCAAUACGGCAUAUGGCACAAGAAUAUCGAGUCUUUUUUAAGAAGCUAGAUGAGGAUGGUCAAGAUUAUCUGGUGGAUUUGUCACACAACAUGUACUUGUUAAAUCCAAAUAUGGAGUUUGUGAGAUGCUUUGGUCCAGAAUAUCAUUCACAGGAAUUGGCUGAGGAAAUUCUCAAAGAGGUAAAGGGUGCCAAAUAAAAUAAUUUCAGUUAGUGUUUUCUACCAUCUGGGAAAAUAUUCAUCCUUCCCUUGUUAUAAGGGAAUUUUGCUUUCUUGUAAACUAGGACAAUGUACCAUAAUUUCUAGAAAAUGUUACUGGAGUUGCUGGGUAGCAACAAAACUUAAUUUUAUAUAUUUAGUCAAAAAAUUUCAAUUAUGAUGUUAAAGACGUUUACUAGUUCAA